AGGAAAGAGACCGGGCACGCGGCCGGGCCCCCAGGAACACCAGCGCGGGAUCCCACCGCCACCCGCACGCGAGGGCGGUCCCGCGACGCCCGGGGCGCCGGCCGGCCCCGGCCAUCCCCGGAGCGUGGCCCACGACCCGGCCCCGCCGCCAGGGCCGGCGAGCCGUCCACCCGUCUUCCGCCAUCCAUCCGCGACAGGUCCGUCUUCCGUCUGAGUCUGAACCCCGAGGCGCGACACCCCGGGCACAACGCUCUCGAGCGAGGCGGCCCGGACCGUGACCGCACGCCGCCACCAGCUGCGGCUCAGGGGGCGGGGGCGGGCGCGACGGGCUCCCCCUCACCACCAGCCGCGGGGCCGGAGAAGCCGAGGCCGACCGGGCGUCGCGCCCCGACCCGGCCCCCCUUCCCCCAGGGCUCACACCACGGGGGGGCCGGCCGCACGCACACGGCCCCCCACCUGCCGGACGCCCGGCGGGGCCCAGCGGGACCCUCCCCCGACUCGGAGGGGGGAGGCGCGGGCCGCGGUAGGCAACGAGCGGCACACGGCCCCACCGCGGGGCCGGCGCACCCAACUCCCUCCCCUCCCACGGAGGGCGGGGGAGUUCUGCUCUGCCCACGUGCUCUGGCAGUCGCCACGGUGGCCACUGCGCACUCGGGAGGGGCAGCGGCUGGGGGGUCCGGUACCCCAAGGCUCCCUCUCGGAUCGCUAGAGAAGGCGUUCUCACCGAGGGCGCGCCGUCCCUCACCCGGACCGUGUCGCCUUCGGGCCCACGGAGGCGCUCCCACCAGCCACCAGUCCUCAGCUGGGCGGGAGGGGUCUGCGGUACAGGGAAGCGGACCACCGCGCAGGAGCGUGUGCGCGGUCAGGGCCAGAGCAGAGCCCGCGUCCCGCCCCCUGCGAGGCCUCAUCCGCCAAGGAAGGCCUCCACGACGAGGGGAACAGGCACGCCUCUCCCUACCGCCUCGACCCCCCGUCCCCCGAAGAGAGCCACUCAACGGGACACACACGCCACCGUGGCGCGGACCCGAGGGGGACACCGGGUUAAGGGAAACGACACCACCACUCGGCCUCAGGCACCUGAGGGACGACCUGGAGCGCUCCAGGGGCACCACCGAGGGUCACGCGAGGCACGCUCACACACCCGCGUGGGGUGCGCAGCGUGGCGGCGGCGGCACAGCCCUCCCCGCCACAGGGAGGGCCGCUCGCCGGGCACACGCCGAGAAGGCGAAGCGAGAGCAAUCUGCGGUGUCAGAAGACCAACGGCCCCCACUGACGCCCCGAGGGGUACCGGUCCGUCCGAGUCUCCGAACGGGGAUUUGGCUUCGAUGUGCCAAAGGAAAACAGAAGACAGAACCGUCAGCGAGGCGCUUCCCACGAGACGAGCGGGCCCCGACCAGGGACCGCGCCCGGGGCCCAGACCGUCCCAGACGGGGCAUCCAGGACGGCCCGAGCCGGUCCCCACCUCCCGACUGGGAUUCAGAGAGUCGGAGAGGGGACUUUGACAGAGAAAAAGCACGUGUGCCGGGAGACGCCUCGGGCGACCGGACCCCACGGGGGGGACCGCACACGCGCCUCCCCCGGUCAACCCUCGGGUCCCCGCCUCCGGAGUGCGACGCGGAAAACACCCCGGGCAGAAGGGACCCGAGGGCCCGGACCCAGGCGCGCCCUCCGGCGACCUCCAAGCCACCGUCUGGGCCGGUCCCCACCUCCGGAGCGGGGCCGAGGGCGAAGCACACGCUCCUGAGGGCGGCCCAGGAGGAGUCCGGACCGCCGAGCCCGAGUCCAGGCGCUCCGGGCAGGGAAGACCCUCUCCCCGCCCACCGCGGCGGCCCGGCCCAGGCAGGGUCCGGGCGGUCCGUCUCCGCGGCCGCAGGGGCACGGGGGCACGGGGAGAUGCUGGUCGACCCGGUCAGGCCGCCCCGCAAGCCGGCUCCGGUGCGCCGCGACGGUCACCCUCCUCGGAAACCUAGAGAACCAAUCUCCGGCGACAGCGGGACUGUCCCCAGGCCUCGGCGCCACCGGGACUGUCGCCGCCAGCGUCGCCGGUGUCUGAGAGCUCUGCCUCGGGCCCAGAGGCUGAGUCACAAUCCUCCUGAAAGGCCUCGCCGAAGCUCCAGAGGGGAGGGACAAUAUCCAAGCGGCCGCCAGGUGGCUCCCGACAAGCGACUCGAACGUCCCGAGGACGUGUCGCUGUCGCCGGCCGCCGGGGACGCCACCGCGCCGGCCGCCCAGACGCCCGAGCUCGGCCCGGAGCCUCCGCCGCCGAGCGACGCGACGCGACGCGACCCCGGCCGCAGAGGAAGGGAGAGACGCUGGGAAGGGUCUCCUCAGGAGGCUGCCACGGAGGAGACUCACUCCCCCACGCGAUUCCGGGGUGCUGGGGGGGACAUUCCACGGAGACGCCGGCGGGCGGUGGGGGCUCGGCGGAGAGAGGGGCACCAGCGGCAUCGCAGACUCCCCCGGAAAGCCGUGAGUCGCGGGCACGCCAUGACCCCGGAUGUCAUCUGCCGUGACGCCCAGUGGUGA